AUGUCCCCAAAGAAACUCCAUCAAUCUCAAAUGCCGGUGGCCAAGGCUGCCUUAGCCCCAAAUAUUCCCAAAGAACUCACAGUCGACAUACUCUUACGUCUUCCGCCGAAAUCUAUCGGUAAAUUCAGGUGCGUCUCGAAGUCAUGGCGAUCUCUACUCUCCAACCCACUAUUCAUCACAGCCUACCUCACUCUUCAUCUCCAUUACCCCCAAAAACUCAUCUUCUUUUCUUCUUCCCCUGUCCCUCUCUCUUCACGCAGCAUCUACACCCGAACUUUCACUACCGCUGACAACCCUGGUUCCGAAGCUGUUUUGCAAAAGCUCACCCUUGCAGAGAACAUUUUAGAGAAUACAUCUUCGAAGUACGCCUCAAUUGUUGGUUCUUGCAACGGGUUGGUGUUGGUGUUAGGAUUCAGAAUGGAGAUAGGCUUCCGGGAUACAAUGUAUUUGAUAAACCCCACGACCAUGGAGUUCGUGAAAUUGCCCGCUAGCCCUUUGGUUCGGGAGGCUGUUCGAAUUGGGGGUGCAUUGGGUUAUGAUAGUUCUAAUGAUGAUUACAAGAUCGUUACUGUCUCGUGUGAUGAACCCACGAGUAAUGAAACUUCUAGUUAG